UGUAGAAGUCAAAAAAGGAUGGCCGGCUUCCCGGAUGUAGGUUCUGUGGCUACAAAGCUACGAAACACGCUCAUCCAGUACUACAACACUGAAGAUGACAAAUGGAGGAUGAUUAGAGCUACAAAAAACACUACAAUUUGGCGUAAACCGUCAGAAGAAUUCAUUGGAUACCUCUACAAAACACAAGGGGUUGUGGAAGAUGUUACCAACAGAAUAGUGGAUCACAUACGUCCUGGACCCUAUCGGCUACACUGGGACAGUCUCAUGAGCACAAUGGAUGUUGUUGAAGAGUUUGAAGAGAAUUGCUGUGUGAUGCGUUAUACCACUGCUGGCCAGCUGUGGAACAUCAUUGCACCAAGAGAGUUUGUUGAUUUCUCUUACACAACGGACCAUGAAGAUGGGCUUCUAUCAUGUGGUAUUAGCCUAGACUAUGGUGAAGCAAAGCCUUCUUUUGUCAGAGGAUUCAACCACCCCUGUGGCUGGUUCUGUAUUCCUCUAAAGGAUAAUCCUGGCCACAGCCUUCUGACCGGCUUUAUCCAGACGGAUCUGCGUGGGAUGCUUCCUCAGGCUGCGGUGGACACUGCCAUGGCUAGCACCCUGACGACUUUUUAUUCUGAUCUCAGAAAAGCUCUGAAGGCAUAGUGGGGGGUCAGUGUUUGUCUAGCAGCCAUUCCUUGCAACAUAUUUUAAAAACUCAGGGUAGGCUGAAAGCUUCCUGCAUGAAAGCCAGCAGUGUUUUCUUUUGAGGUGCCAGGAGCUGCACAGACCAAGCGGAAGCACGUUCCCUCCCACUUAGAGCCCAGUGGACUUCUUUGGACUUUAGCCCUGGAAAAGUCAUAGAGAUGUUUCAGGUAAUGUCCAAAGAUAUGCACGUGCCCUAGCUCAAGACACAAAGACAAUUCUUUGCUUUCUUCUCUGAAACAUGUGCCUAGCAUACAAUGAUUUAAGCUGAGGUAAUGGGAAACAUGCUGUGUUCAUCUCAUGGAUUUGAAAAGAAUUAGUUUGGUUUAAAUUUAAGUCCUUGGGAACUAACUAGACUAUGUGAGUGGGCACACAUCCCAAUACCGCAAGGGAGAUAUAUUCACAGAUUCCCUUGCUGAGCUGGGAAUAUUGUGCGCUGAUUGUAUGGUCAGAUAUAAGAAUAUGAGUUUGUAUAUGAGGCUCUUGCAGUUGUGAGGAAUCCACAGUGUGGACAGAGGAGCAAUGCUCUCUCUAAUUCCCCCCCUCCCCACACACACACUGAGUGGAGCAGUUCACAUCCUGAGCAGGAUAUAACUGCUGUAAUCUUAAAAUGGGCCAUGGGCAGUUCAAGACCCUGUGUGGCUCCAGAUGGCUGCUGACCAGGGCUUCCUGGGGUAAUUAUUGUUGUUAUUGUUAUUGAUUUAAUUUUUAAUGAGCAGCUGUUUAUGCACACUUUAGAGGAAACACAAGGGGAGUCAUACCUAAUACAUUGCACUUUGGUUAGGAGUGUCACAUUCCCAGCCAUUGUCUUGGGCUGUGCAUAUGUUAUACAUAUGAAGCCCAGCACUUCUGAGGAUAAAGGUGUUGCCACUUUCUGGUUGCUGUUUGUCCCAUAUUUUAUGGCCUUCAUUUUCAAAAUGUGGGGUUAAAAAUUGUGUAUCCAGGAAGCUUUCUUUAGAUCAUAGGAUUCAUAUGUAGUCUGUGUGAUUGGUUUAUAUAGUUAGGCUUCUACUUUGUGAAAAGGGUC